AUGAAAUAUUUGGAUGGAGUCGAAGUUGAAAAAGAUGAAGUCAAAGCCUUUGAAUGGUUUAUGAAAGGAGCUGAACAAGGAUGUAUUGAAUCACAGAAUAGAGUUGGUUUGCUUUAUCAUAAAGGAAUGGGAGUUCAAAAAGAUUAUUCUAAAUCAUUUGAAUGGUAUUCGAAAGCUGCAGAAAAGGGGGAUGCCAAAGCACAGUUCAAUAUUGGAGCAUUGUAUAAGAAUGGCCAAGGUGUGAAAAAGAAUUAUUCCAAAGCCGAGGAGUGGUUUCUAAAGGCUGCUGAAAAGGGAAAUGAAUCUGCACAUCGAAAUCUACCACCACUAUAUUACAAAAUGAAAGAUUAUUCAAAAUCAUUUGAAUGGUAUUUAAAACUUGCUGAAAAAGGAGAUGCCAAAGCUCAAUACAGUAUUGGAAAAGCAUACAAAAAAGGUGAAGGAAUUGAGAAAGAUUAUUCAAAGGCCUUUGAAUGGUUUUUAAAAUCAGCUGAAAUUGGAAAUGCAGAUGCACAAUUUAAUGUUGGAAAUGCCUACAAGAAAGGUGAAGGAAUUGAAAAAGAUAUUGUUAAAUCGUAUGAAUGGUUUUUGAAGGCAGCUGAAAAUGGUAAUAGACUAGCACAAUGCUGUACUGCAAAACGGUAUUUUAUUGGAGAAGGAGUAGAAAAAGAUAGUUCCAAAGCAUUUGAAUGGUUUUUGAAAGCUGCAGAAAAUGGUGAAACAGAAGCACAAUUUACUGUUGGAUCAAUGUUUUACAAUGGUGAAGGAAUCGAAAAAGAUAUUUCUAAGGCAUUCGAAUGGUAUGUAAAAGCUGCUGAAAAGGGCCAAAUAGAGGCACAAUUUUAUGUCGGAUUAGCAUAUCAUGAUGGUGAUGGAACAGACCAAGAUUAUUCGAAAUCAUUUGAAUGGUUUUUAAAAGCUGCCGAAAGUGGCUAUACAGAGGCACAAUAUUUUGUUGGAUUGGCAUAUGAGCUUGGUACAGGAGUUGAGAAAGAUAGUUCUAAAGCAUUUGAAUGGUAUUUAAAAGCAGCUACAAACGGAAAUGAAAAGGCGCAAAAUAAUAUCAAUUCAUUUUCAUUUUAA